UUCUCAGCUCUGUUUGCAAACUCCCCCAGGGCGCUCCGCGGGGUGAGGGAGGAAGUGGGGUGGCCUGGGACCUGUGAAACCGACCCGGGCGGUAGUCGACCGGAUUGGAGUGGGUAGGGGAAGCCGGCGGCUGAGGAAAUCGCUGAGGGGCGCCGGGGAGUCGGAGCCGCGCUCCAAAGAGACGGCGCGCCUCGCGCUCUCCGCCGCCCGCCUCCCUCUGGCUCGGAGGCCACCCGGGUUUGGGUUGCAGCGGCGGCCGGACCUGAGGUUCUCCCCUGGGGAGGAGGGGGCGCUCCGCCGGCCCCCGCCCGGGCUAGACCCAGAGGCGCGGCGGCUUCCUCGCGCUGCCUCGGGCCUGAACCGCUGCAUGGUGCUGCUCUUCUCGCCGUCGCCGGCGGCGGCGCUGCCGCCUCCCCCGCCCUGGUCCGGAGGGCUGCUGCUGCUGCUGCAGCCCGGCCCGCCUCGGAGCUGCUGCUGCGGCUGCCGCUGCUGCUGCUGCGCUCGCUGCCGCGCGGGCCUAGCAGCGGCCCGCCGCUGCUCGGGGACUGCCCCGCCGGACCCUCAGCUCCCGCCGCAGCAGCAGCGCGGGCGGCAGAGAGAAGGAGCCGGAGCCGCAGCGGGAGGAGGAAGAGGCGAAACGGGCCUCGCGGCCUGGCCCCCCUGGCCGCUGCCUCUACCUCCGCCCCUGCCCUUUCCCCUCUACCUUCUCCCCGUCCUCGCCUCCCGUAGCUCCCCUGUCCUCCUGCCCCCAGGUCUUGUGCUGUCCCCGGCUCUGGGUCCCGGAGCGUGGCCGGGGAAGCCCGCAGGGCUGCUGCGGGGCUGGGCGGUCCCAGCCUCCUCUUUCUCCUCCUCUUCUUGCUGCUCCGCCACUUGGGAGGAGUCCUUCAGGCCGGUCCAGGAGAUGGAUCCCCAGGGAAACGUAGGAAUAAAUUCCAAGAAGUUGAAAAUGGUGUCAAGAAGAAAAAAGAAAAGUAUACAGGAAUGGGAUCCUGACGAUAUGAUGGCAGAAAUGCCAUUUUCUACUAUAGAUAGAGAAGAUGAAUUUCAAUUAGCUGUUGUACCUGAAAUAAAUUCGAAGAGACAGGAAAAUAUGGAGCCAGGGAAAGAAGACCAAAUGAAGAAGAAGAAUAAAAAGAAAAAAGAUUAUCAACCUAAUUAUUUCCUCUCUAUUCCCAUCACCAACAAAGAGAUAACAAGAGGAAUUCAGACCCUUCAAAACACAAUAAUACAGCAAGAUAAACGGCUAUCCAAAGUAAUGAGCAAUUGUGGUUCCUUCCAUAUUACCCUUCUAGUAAUGCAUUUACUAAAUGAAGAGGAAAUUAACAUAGGUAUAGAUGCUCUUUUGGAGACAAAAGCAUUAAUAGAAGAAAUACUACAAGGAAGAGAUUUAAAUUUACCUUUUCAAGGAAUUGGUAAUUUUAGAAAUCAGGUUGGAUUUGUGAAGUUGGCAGAAGGUGAUCAUGUAGCUGUACUUCUAGAGAUAGCAGAGGCAGCUAAGAGAACAUUUCAAGCAAAGGGUAUUUUGGCAGGAGAAAACAGAAGUUUCAAACCCCAUCUAACCUUCAUGAAACUGUCAAGAUCACCAGAGCUCCGAAGAAAGGGAGUAAAAAAAAUAGAUCCUGAACUCUAUGGAAACUUUGCAGACCACAAAUUUGGGGAAGAAUCAUUGUACCGAAUAGACCUUUGUUCCAUGCUGAAGAAAAAGCAGAGCAAUGGCUACUACCACUGUGAGUCUUCCAUUGUGAUUGGCAAGAAACCUGUCAUAAUCAUGGACUUAAUUAAGGAAGCUUUACUUGGAGAAAGAAUGGGUGUGUUGUCCAAAGUCAGACAGAUAAAGGAAGUUUUGUCAAAACCUGAGAUUCAGGCUCAAAUCAAGAGAGAGUUAUUUGAAGUAAGACUGAGUAGCAACAGUAAUCAAGAAAAAACUUGUUGACUUUCAAUGUUUCUAAAUUGCUCUAAUAGUCAUCUCGUUCCUGAAAUCUUUUCAGACUGUACUAUGCCUCUUUGGUAAAUGCAUCUCACUCACUUUCCUUGUGUUAUUCUGCUGUUAGAAUAGAUAAAAUUAUAAUUGGUGAUUGUAGCUGUACAUAGGAUGUGAACUGGGUGAGCCUAGGAAUGCCAACACACUUGGGCCAGCAUAUCGGACUAGCACACUCCUGUGGUAGUGUUGCUUUGUGUAAGCACCUGAAUAGGAAUGAUCCUGUUUACUGAUUGGCUUUUCCUACUUACUUGUGGAAAUAAUUAUUCCUACUAUGGAAUUAUAAAACCUUACUUUCUAGAAACACAAGAUACUCAUUUCAUGCAAUAUCCAAGCAUUGUGUUCAUUCUUUAAAGCUGUUAAAAAAAAAACACCCAAAAAAAACAAAACAAAAUUUCUUUUGGUUUUGCUUUCAAAGCAGUUUUUGUAUCCAGGUUGUAUGGGAAUGAAACCAGGAAUAUAGCUUUUAGAAAAGCAAAAGACGGAUACUCUCUAAAGAAAAGUGGAAAGUUGGCUUAUGGCAUAUCUAAGUGACAACAAACAAAUAUUUGGGCAAGAAAUUAGCCAGUGCACAUGAGCAUUGGUGCUAGUUUAUUAUCUAGGGGUGCUGAUUCUGAACCAUCAAACUUUUCAACUAAAUCAAUUUGUUUCUACCAUAUUGGGAUUCAUUUCCCCAAGAAAAAUUUCUUAAUUUUCAGUCACUGGGCUCUCGUCUAUUCAGAUUUCCAACCCGUCAAAUCACUGAGAUCCAGUCUGGUUCCAGACAGACAAAUAAUAUACAUGGAGAAAAAAUGCAGUAUUAUGGGAAAGCUUACCGUAUUAACAUGGCCUUCAUUUUUCAACAUGUAAACCAAAUGAAGUGUUUUUAGUGAUCUGACUUUCCUAUGUGUCAUGUUCUUUUUAUUUUUUAAUUUGGCAGUGUUUGUACUUACUGUGUAUUGAUACUUGAAUACACAUGUUUAAAUGUAAUUAUUGUAGCCCGUCCUUGAGAGAGACAUUGCAAACUCAAUAUGUAUUCUUGUUCUUCAGUAAAUAAUGAAUUGUCUUUUUAUUUCUUAAUAAAGAUAGAUUUUUUUAUUUUCUGCUUUUUGAAGUCAGUUUGCAGUCUUGCUGUCUUUUAUGACAUGAAACUCUUUGCACUAGUUCCUUGUUUUAAAAAGCAUCUGUGUAUAUUUGCCCAAGAUGUUUCUAGUUGGUUCCCCAGUCUUCUACUCUGUAGUCACUGUAAAAUGUGUGCUUGCUGCUGAUUGAAAAUUGUGAACGAUUCAGAGGUUAGUUAUGGAAUCAUUGCCUUCUGGGUCAUAGCUCACAGAUUCUAGCUACUUUUUCAAUGGAUGAAUUACAGUGCAUUUGUUUAUAUAAAUGAAUUUAAGGCAUUUUCAUUCCUCCUAAUAAAGAUAUUGUUUGCCUGUU